AUGAACGUCUCUGCACGACCGUUGUGCGGCCUCCCAGCCGCAGCCGCAGCCGCAGCCGCAGCCCCGGCCCGCACCGCCCGCACCGCCCGCACCAGCGCGGACAAGGAGGCCUGUCUGCGCCACACCGAGGCCUGGGCGGGAGCCACCCGCACGCCACCCGCGCCGGGGGCGGCCGAGCCCGCGGACUCCGAUCGGCCGCCGUCCCCGAGGGACCUGAAGGCCCGACGGGGCGCCCGCGACGCCGCAGGCCCCGCGCCCCCGCCCGGCCCCGCGCGGCCUCCAUGUUGCGGCCUGCAGCGCGCGGCUCCGGGGCCCGCGGCCGGGGGCGGGGCCGGAGGCGGCGCCCCUGAUUGGGUCCGGGCGCGGCUGGGCGGGGCUAGCGGGCCCAGCUCCGGAGCACGGCGAGCGGCCGCCCGACCCCGCCGCGGGCGCCGAGGUGCCGGGCCCGGCCGGGGGCUUCCGCGCGGUCCGCGGCGUCCGCACGGUGACUCGGCGCGGCGCGCGCGAGGGCGGAGGGAGCGUGGGCGUUCAUGCCGGUCGCCGCGCCGCGCGGGGCCCGUGAGGGACGAGGAAGCCAAGGGUGAAGCCGCGUGCGCUCGCCUCGGCGGAGCGCGGGCGGGUCCUCUCACGCCGGAGCCCCGCGCCUCCCUCGGCGCCCGCGCGCCCGCGCCCCCGGGACCGCCCCCCUCCCUCCCUCCGUCCCUCCCUCCCUCCGUCCCCGGGGCCGCGCUCCGAGUCCGCCGUCGCGCCGGGCUGCAGUGCGGCUGCGCGCUGGGCCGUCCGGGGCUGCGGGGCGGCGGGGCCGGGGCCGGGGGCGAGCGGCGCGGGGGCGCGGGGCGCGGGGGGCGGCGGCGCGGGGGCGCGGGGAGGCGCGGGGAGGCCCGGCUUUCGCGCUCCCGAGCGGCCGUUCCCUGCGCUUCGGGGCGCGGGCCGGGCUGCAGACGACCGCUCCCGGCCGCCGACGCCGCCAUGCCGCUGCCGCUGCCGCUGCCGCUGCUUCGCUGAGGCGCCGGAGC